AUGGCUUGCAGCAAACAGAAUAACCGACAAUCAUUCAAGGCUCUAUGUCUAGCAGUAAUACACGGCUUAACAUUUGUCAGCCUAGUCAAUGCUGCAGCAUGGACGUCUUUCCAAUCUAGACCAGAUAUUCGCGCCCCGGUUAUGAACAUCACUCUUAAAAACGACACGUUCAUCACCCCGGGUUACAUAUUUAUCGCACCAUUCCUGACAGAAUUACCAGGGCCGUACAUCUAUGACAAUGACGGUAAUCUCAUCUGGAGUGGAGCCGACGGCUCUGCAACCGAACUAUUCCACGAUCUUAAAGUCUGCCCAUAUGAGGGAUCCGAUCACCUCUGCUACUUUCAAGGAAAUCAAAUCGAAGGGUAUGCCAGGGGUCGCCAUGUGGUCGUAAAUGAACACUAUAAAGAAGUUACGGCCAUACAAAGCGGCAAUGGGUUGACGCUGAGUGACCUGCAUGAACUAAAGUUUAUUAAUGAAACAACUGCCCUCAUUCCAAUAUAUCAGCCAAGACGUUAUAACCUAGAGGCAUACAAUAUAUCAGCAAACAAAGGCUGGGUUAUGGAUGGUGUCUUUCAGGAGAUAGAUACUAAGACGGGCAAGGUUCUUUUCGAAUGGAGAUCGCUCGACCACGUUGCGCUUUCUGAGUCAUAUACUCCUAUUCGACUUGACACCGUUGUUGGUGAUGGUCUCAGCAAUGCCACUGCGUGGGACUACUUUCAUCUUAACUCUGUCGAUAAGAAUAGCGACGGUGAUUAUUUGGUGUCUGCCCGGCAUACCAGCUGCAUUUACAAAGUUUCUGGCAAAGAUGGAUCUGUGAAGUGGCGACUAGGUGGCAGGAAUUCAUCGAUAGAGAUGAAGGACUAUAACUUCUCCGCACAGCACGAUGCGCGGUUUCAUGAGGAGAACGACACGGUGACGGUUAUCUCGCUUUUCGAUAAUGGGAGCAACAAUUAUAUAAACACGUCAACCACGUCUGCGGGCAUGAUCGUGUCUGUGGAUCACGAGGCAAAUAUCUCCAGCCUGGUUAAACGCUACGAGGCUCCAGACGAAGGGCUACUAUCCACGAGUCAGGGAAACCUUCAAAUACUGCCGAACAAGAAUGCCGUCAUUGGGUGGGGGAGCAACCCUUCGAUCUCUGAGCAUACUGAAGAUGGCAACCCAGUGUUCUUCGCGACGCUGAACAAUCCAAAGACGAUGAACUAUCGCGCGUACAAGUUCAAUUGGACCGGGGAGCCAAGUGAUGAUCCCGCCCUGCGGACUUAUGGAGCUUCUCCGGGCUCUGCAACUACGUUCUGGGUGAGCUGGAAUGGCGCGACCAGGGUUGACCAUUGGAACCUUUACGGUACAAAUUCCUCUUCCGAUCAGUUUACAUUGCUAUCGAGAGUAGGCAAGCAAGGAUUUCAGUCUACGUACACAAGCCCUAACUACCACCCUCGGGCGUAUGCAGAAGCUGCUUCAAGCGAUGGGACGAGUCUAGGAAAUUCGUCAGUCGUGGAAACGUCAUCCUCAUUGAGUGGUAUUAGUCAGAGGUGA